AGUCGUGCGGUGGAGCGCAAUUUGAAGGAAGUGGAGUCGCGGAGCUGCAGCUACCACUGGAUCUGUUGCAGUUUCCCGGGCUGUCCUGGCCGCUUGAGUCGCGCCACUAUGCCUAUCCGUGCUCUGUGCACUAUCUGCUCCGACUUCUUCGAUCACUCCCGCGACGUGGCUGCCAUCCACUGUGGCCACACUUUUCACCUGCAAUGCCUAAUCCAGUGGUUUGAGACAGCACCAAGUCGAACCUGCCCACAGUGUAGAAUCCAGGUUGGCAAAAAGGCUAUCAUCAAUAAGCUUUUCUUUGACCUUGCCCAGGAAGAGGAAGGAGUCUUGGAUGCAGAAUUCUUAAAGAAUGAAUUGGAUAGUAUCAGAGCGCAGCUUUCCCAGAAAGAGAGGGAGAAACGGGACAGCCAGGCCAUUAUCGACACUCUACGGGACACGUUGGAAGAACGCAAUGCCACUGUGGAGUCCCUGCAGAACGCCUUAAACAAGACAGAGAUGCUGUGUUCCACUCUUAAAAAGCAGAUGAAGUUCCUGGAGCAGCAGCAGGAUGAGACCAAGCAAGCUCGGGAGGAGGCCCGCCGGCUCAAAAGCAAGAUGAAGACCAUGGAGCAAAUUGAGCUCCUACUCCAGAGCCAGCGGUCUGAGGUGGAGGAGAUGAUCCGAGACAUGGGUGUAGGACACUCAGCGGUGGAGCAGCUGGCUGUGUACUGCGUGUCCCUCAAGAAAGAGUAUGAGAAUCUGAAAGAAGCACGGAAGGCCUCAGGGGAGCUGGCUGACAAGUUGAAGAAGGACUUGGCUGCCUCCAGGAGCAAGUUGAAGGCUGUCUACGCUGAGCUGGAUCAGGCCAAGUUAGAACUGAAGUCAGCCCAGAAGGAUUUACAGAAUGCUGACAAGGAGAUCACGAGCCUAAGAAAGAAACUCAUGAUGCUGCAGGAAACCUUGAACCUGCCUCCAGUGACCAGUGAGACCGUCAGCCGCCUGGUUUUUGAGAGCCCAGCCCCUGUGGAGAUGCUGAACCCCAGGCUCCACCGGCCCUCCCUCAGUGAUGAGAUUGACCUCAAUGCUACCUUUGAUGUAGAUACCCCUCCAGCCCAGACCUCUAGCUCCCAGCAUGGCCACCCCAAGAAGCUCUGCCUGGAGAGGGCACGCUCUCCUGUGCAGGACAUUCUCAAGAAGAUACCCAAAGUCUCUAAGCAGGAGUCCCAGCUCUCACUGGGUGGCCAGCGCUGUAUAGGAGAGCCAGACGAGGAACUGGCUGGUGCCUUCCCUCUCUUCAUCCGGAAUGCUAUUCGGGGUCAAAAACAGCCCAACAGGACCACAGCAGAUUCCCGUUGCAGCACAGAUGUGGUAAGAAUAGGCUUUGAUGGACUUGGAGGACGAACAAAGUUCAUCCAGCCUACAGACACAGCCAUUAUCCGACCAAUGCCUGUUAAGCCUAAGACCAAGAGUAAGCAGAAAGUGAGAAUAAAGACUGUGAAUUCUUCCUCCCAGCCCAAGCUGGAUACCUUCCUAUUGCAGUGAGCAAUGGCAGAGUCAUGUGUCCAAUUAGUAGGCCAAGACCGUGGCCAACACUUCCCGGAGUGUCUUAGCAGAUGGCUCCUCCUCCUGGACUGUGCAAGAGUGAGAGCAGAAGCUGCAGUUCCUGUGUUUUCUUUGCCCUGCACCGCACUGGAUUCACCUCUGGGAACUGACAGGACCAGCUUACAGCUCC